AUGCUCAAGGCGCUGUUUAGUGGACGCAUGGAUGUGAAAACUGAUGACGAUGGUUGGGUUCUUCUUGAUAGAUGUGGUAAACAUUUCAAUAUAAUACUAAACUAUCUCCGUGAUGGCUCUGUGCCCUUGCCCGAUAACCGCCAGGAUUUGGAGGAACUACUGGUAGAAACUCGCUUCUAUUGUUUGGAGGGUCUUCGUCGAAUGUGUGAGGAAAAACUUGAAAAACUGGUCGCUGAUACUCAAGACAAACCAAACGCAGCGAGUAUCAUUAUUGUGAAAUAUCCAAAGGUUACAAAGGCCAUAUUUGCAUCAACCAAAAAGCCAAUCGUUAAACUUACUAUGAACCGUAACUCCCAUGACAACUUGCUUCGUAAUAUUGAGUGCCUGGAAAAGUACGCUCUGAUGUUUGCAGAUCGAGUUGUCUUUAUCAAGGACGUGAGGGACAAAUGCGAACAGAAUGAAAUUUGUGAGUGGGGUUUCUACUGGAGGUGCCACAAAUUAAAGAGCCUUGAUUGUAUCGCCAUUCACUACUCAUCUGAAAAACGACUCAUCAAGGUCGAGUUCCCAGAAUCAAAGAUCCACGAGGAAAUGCUCUUUCUCUUGUCUAUAUCGGAUCGUGAUCUGUCGGACGCUGAAAUCAUUGACACAGCAAUGUGUCGUGGCACCGCAGCAGGUCUGAGUCUUGUUUCGCCGCAGCAGCCACCGCCCUCUAUGUUCCUCGAGGCUGGGGGUGAAGACGGUGUAGCUCACCACGAACAGCAGGAGACCGCCUCGUCCUCCUCCUCGGCAUCGGUUGUCUUGCGUUCGUCGAGGAAUGAGGCGGCGUCGGAGGAAGCAGGCCCCAAUCAACCUCAGCACCAAUCUCCCCAGGGAACGAUUCGUUCUCGAGUUCCUCCUCUCCUAAUCCCAAACUCCAGCACAUCGUCAAAUUCUGGUGCUUCAUCCUCACGGGUUCCAUUCUCCGCAUCUCAUCGCUCGAGCCGUCGCUAA